AGGCUGGAGUUUUCCAGAAGAAGCGGUGCAGCAUAAAGCCGAUUAAUCACAACCGCGAUUUAUUUACAUGAAUUAACAAAGAAAAACCGAUUUAUUAUUAACAUACACAGUGUUAGUGAUCCGGAUUAGUUUGUAGGAGUUCGCAUUUACAGCUGGAUUUAAUAAAUUCUCAGUAAUAAUGACCACUAUUGAUUACAGUGUGUGGGAUCAUAUCGAAGUUUCAGACGAUGAGGACGAUACUCACCCAAAUAUCGAUACACCGAGUCUGUUCAGGUGGAGACACCAGGCUCGGGUGGAACGCAUGGAGGCUUUUCAUCAGAAGGGAGCAGAGAUGGAGAAAAGUGUCUCAGAAGCUAAGAGGAAGGUUGUGGAGAUCCAGCGUCGGAUAAAGGAUGUGGAGAAGAGUGCUGAGGGUUCAGAACAAACCAAGAAGGAACUGGAGGAACUGAAGAACCAGGAGAAACAUCUCAGGAAAGAGGAGAGGAAAUGUGAGAAGAAGCUGGAGGAACAUCUUCAUGAGGAGAAGAAACAGCCAUGGAACGUGGACACGCUCAGCAAGGAAGGAUUUAGCAAGAGCGUGGUGAACGUUAAGCCGGAUGUGACGCAGGAGACGGAGGAGCAAAAAGAACAGAAACAUAAAACGUUUGUGGAGAAAUAUGAGAAACAGAUCAAACACUUUGGAAUGUUGAGGAGGUGGGAUGACAGUCAGAAGUAUUUAUCUGAUAAUCCUCACCUGGUCUGUGAAGAAACUGCAAACUACCUGGUCAUCAUGAGUAUUGACCUGGAGGUGGAGGAGAAACACGCUCUGAUGGAGCAGGUCGCUCACCAGACCAUCGUGAUGCAGUUCAUCCUGGAACUCGCUAAGAGUCUGAAGGUGGAUCCACGCGGCUGCUUCCGCCAGUUCUUCUCCAAAAUAAAGACAGCAGAUAAGCAGUACCAGGAUGCGUUUGAUGACGAGUUGGAGUCGUUUAAGGAGAGGGUGCGCGGCCGGGCUAAGAUCCGAAUUGAAAAAGCCAUGAAGGAGUACGAGGAGGAGGAGAAGCAGAAACGACUCGGCCCUGGAGGUCUGGACCCUGUGGAUGUUUACGACAGUUUACCCGCCGAACUGCAGAAAUGUUUCGAUGACAAAGACAUCCAGAUGUUACAGGACGCCAUCAGCAAAAUGGACCCUACGGAAGCGAAGCACCAGAUGAAACGCUGUAUCGAUUCAGGAUUGUGGGUCCCGAACUCCCGAACAGACGCUGAUGGAGAUAAAGACAAGGAGGAGGAGGAGGAGGAGGAGGAGGAGGAGCCUCCAUAUGAGGAAGUGAAGACAGAGACAGAAAAUGCUCAGUAACCCCGCCCACCUCCACAUAGCAACCCUGAACCAUUCCUAUACAAUUACCCACAAUUCUCUGCUGUACUGUUAACGACUCGGGUUUCAUUAUGUAAUUACUAAACACCAUGGGAACCGUCCUGAAUCCAGCUGUAGUUCACUAGAGUGUUGAAUGGAAUGUGAUUUAGAACAGGUCCAUACCGAGCUCAGUGUGGAGGGUUUGCUGUUAGUUUAUUAACUUUACAAAGUUCUGCUAAAAAGAAUCCAGACUUUACUCCCGGUUUAGAUUAGAUGAAACUUUGACCCCCCCAGUACGGCUCUGUUGAGUAAAUAUCAACACGCCGUGAAUAAAUCAUUGAAUGAAUACGUAACGAAGCUUCAGUGUGCAGGUCGUGAAUGUUUGUGCCUUUUAUUAUGUACGGUGAAUCUAAGCAUCAGUGAACCACAGUGUCGGACGGACCACGCCCACUAUGGCAGUGAGGUUCCUGUAGUAAUACUGAUGUACAGAUCUGACCAUAAUCAGAGUGUAUAUUAGAGUUAGAGCUAUUAGCAUUCUGGCUACGUUUAGAACCGAGGACGUCAUCUUUGUCUUCUGAACCCUGAGUCGUUUCUCCUCCUUAUUUCAUGAAAGUAAAGGAGAGCUGUGAUUGGCUGGUGAGUGCAUGCUCCGCCCCUGAAUUGCAUUGCUUUCUCUUUGUUAUUCAAUCUGUUCUGUAUCAUUAAUAAAGUCUCUCGAUUAUUAA